CUUAACAGUGUAACAAAGCGUGAUCAAUAUCCAUUACCACGUGUCGAUGAAUUAUUAGAUUCAUUCAAAAAUACAAAGUACUUUUCAACUAUUAACUUAGCAUCCAGAUUUUGGCAAGUCGAAAUAAAGUCAGAAGAUCAUCAUAAAACCGCAUUCGUCACUAAACAAGAUCUAUAUAAAUUUAACGUUAUGUCAUUUGGUCUUACAAAUGGUCCCGUCACUUUUCAACA